AUGGUAGGUAACAUCCCUCGAAUCGGCCGGCAGCACACGGUGAGAAGCCUCGCCCGUCUAGCAAGAGUGGCGGCAGGUCAGGACUUGCGCUUCACGGACGCGGCACUGGCCGAAGCCGCGAAGCGUUUCUCAAACGACAUCCUCCAAGCCUGGCAUGGCAUGAUCAGGGGAGUGGAUGAGUUAGACCUCGACCACUUCAUCGUCCGCCUUGCUUUGGCCUGGCUGCAAGCCCCGCCCCGAGACAUCCCACAGCCUGACCUUGCCAUUGCAUCGCGUUCGAGCGAGUCUUAUUUCAUCCUCUACGCGUAUACUCGGUUGGGCAGCUUCGUCAUCAAGCGCCUCAAUGAGUGCUUCCCUGGGCUGAAGCACAGGCGGCAGUUCCGCGACUUUGAGGUCCAGAGGUCCAUCCGAGAGCUAUUGACUAAAGGCACAAGGCUCGGAGACAGUAUGAUGAAAGGGCCUCCCGUGAGGUUCGAGGUAAAAGAGAUGGUGGUCAUCGCGCUCCUUAUGUCCUGGAAACGCCAGUCAUCGACGAGGGGCAUUCAGGAGAUAGUGCGAGACCUCUUCGGACCAGGAAUGAACGACAUGAUCGUUGCGAUUUCGAGGCAGGAAGAGAUGGACUACGAUAACGACUUCCCUGUCGUCGCAGACACUACUUCCCAGGGCUUGCCGAUACACUCCUUGCCAUCUGGACAGGAGAACAUGUUGCUGGAGAGGCUCUACGGUCUAGGCCCGGUGGGAUACAUCGACGACAACACCAUUCCGCGGCUGGAUUUGCUGUCGCUCAAGGUGCGAAAGAAGAUUCUUCGUCUUCUCUUGAAAUUCGAGACGCCUCUUCAUGUCCAGCUCGUUCCAUCAGGACGAUACAGCUUCGCUGUCUUUGGUCCGUAUGACGAUCCGUCUGGGGGACUACCAGCCUUCCACGACCGCCAGGUCGGUCCAGUCGACAACCUCCUUGCGAUCGCAACAGCCCGACCGGAGAUCCAUGGACUGGCGCUUGAAGUUUUCUAUCAAGAGAACUCAUUCGUCUUGGGGCCUUUCCUAACGAUGGAGGACCAGCCAGAUUCAUACCUCUAUCACCUUGGACACUGGAAGCUCUCUAUUGGUUGGAAGGCCUGUUCCUAUCUGCGUGAGAACGUGUUCGAAGGUUGA